GCUUGCUCACUCGAAGCAAUGAUGCCCAAGCCCAGCCGUCUUGGAUUUUAUUUAGCCGUUUUGCCCGUGGCGGUUGGCCUGUUGCUUUGCUACCUUUGCUAUAAGGGGAAGAGCCAGUAGUGCGGUGCAGGAGCAGGACGGCUGCAAACUUGCACUGCAUAGCCAGCAGGAGCGGUGGUACUGCCCGGUACUGUGGAGUGAGUGCACAAGUGACUAAGUGAGAUUAUAUACCAGCACCAGCAGCAGCAGCUAGCUCCAUGCCUCCAUGGCUGGCUGGGUGGUCACCAGCUAGCUAGCUGAUUGCACGGUUACACUGCCCUUGGCGUCGCAAGGUUUCGCGGCACCGGACCCGAGGCUGGUGCUCGACCGGAGAGAGAGAUGGGUCUCGCCGGCGGCAUUGUCCGGAAGGUCUUCUCCAAGAGCCCUUGCUCGUCCGCCGGCACCGGCAGCCGUGCCCACAGUUCGCAGGAGAAAGGGUCAGCUGCUGAUCACAGGAGGAGAUGGAGCUCGCUACGGCUGUACCUCUGCGGCGAGGAGAUGAACGCGGCCGCAGAGGAGGAGGAAGACGACGGCGACGGCGAGACGGUGUCCGUCAAGAGCUUCGAGACCUGCUGCGUGAUGCCGCCGGAGGAGGCGCACGUCGUCGGCCCGGUGGUGGCUCAUCGUCCGAUGAGUGACGCACACGACACCGUCGUCGACGAUCAAAGCAGGGUAACUGGUGACGAGCAGAGUCACGGCCACGGCGUCGUCGUCGUGCCGGCCAGGGACGAAGACGAAGAGGCAGCGGCAACGAUGAUCCAGUCUGCGUUCAGAGGCUUCAUGACGAGGAGGCAGCUGCAGGAGGUGAGGACGCGCCAAGAGCGAGGAGAAACGGGCGGCGCCCAUGACCAAGAGCCCAGCAGGAGCCCCACCUGGGCGUCCGUCGCGACGUCGGUGCUGGUCCAGGUAGGCGAGUCGCUGAGCAACCUCCGGCUCAGCGAGGAGAGCGCGUCGGUGCAGCAGCAGCAGCAGCGGUCCAGCCAGAGGUCGCGCCCGCCGCCGGCGCCGGCGCCAGCGUUCCGAGUCAAGGAGGAGUGGGACGACAGCACGGUGAGCUCGAACGUGUCCAGGAUGCGGAUCCAGAGCAGGAUCGAGGCGACGACGCGGCGGGAGAGAGCCCUCGCCUACGCAUUCUCGCAGCAGCUUCGGAGCUGCGGCGGCGGCGGCGGCGGCAGUAAGAAGCGGUCGGCGCGGGCGGAGCAGGGGGAGUUCAACGUGGGGUGGAGCUGGCUGGAGCGGUGGAUGGCGACGCGGCAGGCGGAGCCCGCGGCGGACGACUGCAUGAGCCGGAACGCGGACACGGGCUCCGUGGCCACGGCGGCCGGGCACCCGCACCGGCGGGUGGUGGUCGUCAGGAGGCGGAACAACGACCUCGCCGUCGAGGAGAAGGAGAGCUGCGGCUCCAACGACGUCUCCGUCGUCAGCUUCGACGGCUCCUCCAGCCUCGGUGCCGGUGGCGCCCGCAGCGGCGGGCUCAGCUGCCAUAAGCCGCCGGGCAGCAGCAAGAGCCGGCUCAAGGGCGGCCGGAGCUUGCCGCGCCGGAAGCAGGUGGCGUCGUCGGAGCACCACCGCUUCCAGGCAAGAUCACACAAGGUGAGCAAGAAGGUGCACCAGCGAGUGGAGCAGGAGCCGCACAGGGACCGACUCGACGCCGGCGGCUUCGAACCUCCCACGGAUUACUGAAACGGACGGACACUGAGCCUUGAGUCCACCUGCUUUGUACAUAGAUUUGGAAGGGAUUUGCAGCUGACGAUUUGUUGUUUGGUCUUGCAAGCAGCAGUCUGAAAGACUGCACGGUUCCUAUCUGCUGUCAGUGCCGCGUCGGUCAUGUAAAAUUCCUCGUAACACGUCGUAUCAAAUGUCCGGUCGCUAUAGCUCAGCAUUUUCUGUCACCAAAAACUCGGCGACGAGCAAAGCGUCACGGCUACAUAGGUGUAGUACACGAUAACAAGUUCGCUACACACGACAAGGAGCAACCA